AAUUGGGGCUAUCAAGUGGACCACGUUGCUGAUCUACACGUGACUGCAAAUUCUGUACUUAGUUUCACUUCGGUGGUUUCUCGAAUAAGUGCGCUCUACAACCUCAAUGACUGA